AUGACGCGCCGUCUUCACCAGUUCAAGAUGGAGAGCGUUUUGACUAUGACCGAGCAUCUAGAUGAUUUCGACGAGCUUAUCGUCGGAUUGCAGACACUGGGAGAACCCGUCGAUGAAGCUCGACAGCUGGUAUUGCUUAAAAGCAGCCUUCCUUCUGAGUAUGAUAUAGAUUCAGCAAUCGUGGAGAACGCCAAGGAUGUGUCGCUCAUCGAGGUGAAAGAGAAGCUGCUCAAGGAGUACGAGCGACUAGAAAAGAAGGACACCACCAUAGAGAAAGCAUUUCGAGCUAAUGAGAAUGCUGGAAGGAUCAAAGGGGGCCGAGGACACGGUCGAAAGGGGAUUUCUCUAAUGAAGAAUGGUCGUGGAUACAAGGGCAAGUGCUUUGGGCGUGGCCAAGUUGUUCAUAUAAAGCGGGACUGUCCUGUGCAGAAAAGAGACAGUGGGAAUGAUGCUGUUUUUGCUGUGAGCGAGAAAUGA